GUCAUGUGCGCGGCUGAGGCGGGGGGAGCCGACGGCGGGGAGAGCGUGAGGAGCUGUGCCCGAGCGGGGCCAGGGACGUGGGGGCUGGUCCUGAUCCCCGGGCGGCUGCGGGGAACCGGUCCUGGAUGACUCCGGAGCCAGUCCUGGAUGCCCGGGGACGGUCCUGCUGGAGGGAUCUGCGUUUGGGUGUCUCUGGCGAUGCAGUCGGGAGAGGGACGGAAAAGAAUCCUGCAUCCCUGGGGCAGGAUCUGCGCUGGGGAGCCGGGAAUUGGGUUGGACUCCUGACCCUGGGCUAUUGGGAUACAGGAUGCUUUGGGUAUCAUGGUGAAGCUGCCCCAGGCUUCUGGGGAUUGUGGAGUUGGCAGCCCCUCGUGUUUGGCUUCAGAAAGUGGGUGCUGGCACUGUCUAGCUGUCCCGGGGGUCAUAUCCUGCCUGCCUGGCUGGGGGCAGGGUCUCAGGAGAUGGCACUGACUUGUCCCUGUUCCCAGUGCUCUCGGUGUCCCACAGGUCCCUUUGCAGAGCAUCACCUCAGCCGAGCUUCUCUGCAGCGCUCAGGUUCGGUCUGCCCAGGCUCCUGAGCCAGGCUGGCCCCAGCAAAAGGGAAGAGAUCCCACAGUCGAUGCCUCCCGCCUGGGAGAGCUGGAUCCCCUGCGCUUGAUGGGGGGCCCAGGCCAUAAAUGCACCUUUACAUCUCGCCUGUGAGGUCAGACGAGUCCACAAGGAAAACAUGUGCUUCGAGCGAGAGGGGCCGCAUAAUGGCUCCAUUCAGCAGGGCCACAGGGCGCUGGUGCCCCCUCCUCAAAUUACAGCCAGAGUUUCCUAAGGAGGCAUUUCACGAGCCAGAGCGGCUGCAGCUCCCACCGGUGCUGUUCCUUGACAGGGAGACGUCUCUCCUCGGCAGCCCAUGACCUGCACAGCAUCUUGGGGUGGCAGAGGGAACUCGAGUAGUGUCCCCGCCCUGUUCUUGUACCCUGUUCCAUGUACCUGAGCUCUACCCCGUGCAGAAAGAGCCCCUCAUCCCCACUGGAUGAAGGUGGGGGAGGUGCUGCACCAGCACCACAGGGCUCCGUCUCGCUCGCUGUGCCACCCGCGGUGCUGUGGUGGGGUAUCAAGAGACACUGGCUGUUGAGUGGGACAGAUUGGUUGUAUCCAUCCUCCUGCAGGACUGGGGCCUGAAGGCAGCCCAGGGGCUGAGGAUAGUGGGGCAGGGACAGUCCCUAGGAAGCUCAGAUGAUGUUUGCAUCAUUUUCUAUCCCUCACCCUUCUGCAAACUCUUCUUCCCUCUCCACCCACUCACUUGGCACCCACCCUCAUCAUUGCUGUGCACAGUGGGUGUGGAGGACCCCUCAUAUGUUACCAUGCAAACCCACCCCAGUGGCCCCAAGGCCCUGGUGCUGCAGGCCCAGGGGCCAGGGGCAGUGGGACUGGAGGUGGCUUUGGGAGGAGGUCCCAGUGUCCUCCACCCAAGGCUGUUGGAGCUUGUCGGACCCUUGGCUCUGCAAAGCCCAUCCAGACAUCCUGUGAAGAUACCACCACAGGUUUCAGAAGGCUCAGGAUUGUGCAACUUUUUGGGACCUGGCUCCCAAGUAGAAAUUCAAGGAAUAAUUUAGGGCAGAUUAAAAGGGCAUAUUUGAGUCUCUUGGGGGUUUUGUGUUCUAAAUUCAACUUGUCCUUAAAUUUGAAGUUCUUUUAUAACUGGUUUCCCAUUAGUAUGACCAAAGGUGCCAUGGUGACCGCCUGGGCACUGCUUUGUUCCUGUCCUGCUCUCUUGCUAACACUCUUUUCCAAUCUUUGGUCUUUAAUUUUCUUUCUCUGCCUUAAGGGUUUCUAUUUAUGUCCAUGAUCCUAUUCCUGCCUACUCUGGGGAUGUCUGUCUGUCUGUCUGCACCCUGAGGCUGGGGUCCAGGAGCUGCAGCUGGGGACUGCCAGUGCCUGAGACCCAGUGGUCCCAAGAGCACUUUGUACCAGCUGGGUGGCACCAAGUGGUGGGUGAUACAGAGAAAGAUUAGCACUGGGGUGAUGCUUUGAAGGAGCAGCAGAGCAGGGAUGGGGAGGGUGCCAAUGGUUUUCUGAGCACCAGGGAUAUGCUGGGUGUCCGCAGGGCUCCUCUGCAGCUCCAACCACUACGUUGACCUGGGUGGUCUCACAUGGGACCACAGGCAGCAGCUCCCAGCUGAGCCCCAUAGUCUUGUUCCUGCUUCCAGGGAUGUGAGCCUGCUCUUCAUUGUUCAGUGAAGGCUGUGCUGGUCUGACUGAGAAACCACCCCUCCUGCUUCAGAGUUGUUUCUAUAGCCAUUGGUAAAGUGAUUUUUGGGAGCAGUGUAUCAUACUCAUUCACAAGAAAAAUAUUCUACCUCUGUGAAAAGCCUGGGAUCGUUAGCUGAGAUCCUAGUGGUCCUCAGCAUGAGCAGGACAUUGGUAUGGGCCAGGGGCAAGGCUGGCAUGGAGGACUCAUCCUGUAGGUUACAGCUCCAGCUCUGCCCAUAUCCCACUCCUUUUCCUCCAUAUCAGCGGAGGUCUCAAGCCCUGGCCACAGCUCAGAGGCAUCUUUUCAUUGUUUUUUUUUUUUUUCCCAGAAUUUGUAGUGCUUUGAAGGAAAUAAGGUAUUUGCACAGUGGAUGUCUGCAGUGUGGUUCAGGAGCGAGCUUUUAAACACAACUUCCAGUUAUCGUUUCCAGUGGUCAGGAGGCAAGCCCUUUGUCAAGAAGCUGAGACCAUGAAGUACCCUUUAGUUGCACACCCUGCUCCUCGGUUCUCGUGUGCUGCCUGGGAUGGAGGCAACAAGGAAGCGAGUGUUUAAUAGGGGUUUCUAUAAUAUCCAUCACCGUAGGUCUAACAACUCCCAGCCGUGUGUGAGGGGAACUUCACCUGCAAGGAGAACGAGGUAUGCGUCAGGCCCGGCGAGUGCCGCUGCCGCCAUGGCUACUUUGGUGCCAACUGCGACACCAAGUGUCCCCGACAGUUCUGGGGUCCCGACUGCAAGGAAAUGUGCACCUGCCAUCCCAACGGGCAGUGCGAGGACGUGACGGGCCAGUGCACCUGCAACCUCAACCGCUGGGGCCCCAAGUGCGAGAACAUCUGCCUCUGCAAGCAUGGCAAGUGUGACCAGAAGACAGGCAAAUGCACCUGCGAGCCCAACUGGUGGGGCCCGCAGUGCUCCAGCUCCUGCUAUUGCAGCCACAACUCCCAGUGUGACCAGCAGACAGGCAACUGCCUGUGCCAGCCUGGCUGGUGGGGCCGUGGCUGCAACAACCAGUGCUCCUGCAACAACUCGCCCUGCGAGCAGUUCACGGGGCGCUGCCAGUGCCGGGAGAGGACCUUCGGGCCUCGCUGCGACCGCUACUGCCAGUGCUACAAGGGCAAGUGCAACCAGGUGGACGGGACCUGCACCUGCGAGCCGGGCUACCGGGGCAAGUACUGCCGCGAGCCGUGCCCAGCCGGCUUCUACGGCCAAGGCUGCAGGAGGCGGUGUGGGCAGUGCAAGAGCCUGCAGCCGUGCACUGUGGCUGAUGGGCGCUGCCUGACGUGUGAGGCGGGCUGGAACGGCACCAAGUGCGACCAACCCUGCUCACCUGGCUUCUACGGAGAGGGCUGCGAGAAGCUCUGUCCCCCCUGUAAGGAUGGCCACACCUGCAAUCACAUCAAUGGCAAAUGCUCCCACUGCAACCCAGGCUGGAUCGGAGACCGGUGUGAAACCAAGUGCCGGAACGGGACAUACGGGGAGAACUGCGCCUUCGUCUGCAGCGAUUGCGUCAAUGGCCAGUGCCACUUUGAGACUGGGCAGUGCCUCUGCCACCCUGGCUCCCAUGGCACGUACUGUAACCUGACAUGCCCUCCUGGACGCUACGGAGCCAACUGUGCUGAUGUCUGCAGCUGCCACGACGGUGCCUGUGACCCCCUGACAGGCGCCUGCCACAUGGAGGCCAACCAGAGGAUGGGAGUGAUCGGGGCAGGGGCCCUCCUGGCACUGCUGCUCAUCCUCCUGCUCUCCCUGCUCUGCUGCUGCUGUGUCUACCGCAAGGACGAAGCCAGCGGCUCCAGCCAGGACCCAACAGCAGCCAAGAAGCCUCCAAGACGUUUGUGUGGGCGGUUCAGUCGGAUCGGGAUGAAGCUCCCACGCAUCCCCCUACGCCGCCAGAAGCUGCCCAAGGUCAUGGUGGCCCACCAUGACCUGGAAAACACCCUGAACUGCAGCUUCAUCGAGCCACCCUCUGUGGUGGAGCAGCCUUCCCCAUCCUGGUCAUCCCGUGGCUCCUUCUCCUCCUUUGACACCACAGACGAGGGGCCCGUGUACUGUGUCCCCCAUGAAGAGAGCAUGGGUGACAACAGGGACAGAGGGACACCUGCCAGCCCCGGGGACAAGCUGGUGGCCCCGAUCAGCGGGGAGGAAGCGGGCGAAUACACAUUCCUGAAGGAGACGGGCUCUGUCAGAGCCUUCCCGACCGACAGCAGUGAGACCCCCCUGCUCAAGUCCUCGGACAGCGAACGCUCCUCCUGCGGUUCGGGGUCGGCCGGCGCCGCGCUCUACGCCAGGGUCGCCCGUCUCUCCAAGCAGUCCAAGGAGGAGGAGGAUGCCACUGCGGAGCCCCGCAGCCCCGAGAAACCGCCAUCCCCGGAAAGGACCAAGCCCCGUCCUCCAGACCCGGCCACGAAGCCCAAAGUCUCUUGGAUCCACGGCAGGUACAACUCUGGCCAGACCAAUUCCCUGCCGGCUCCCAGCCAGUCCCCAGAGCAAGUGGCCGCCCGGUCCGGCAGCCCCGAGCAAGACCAGAGCUUGGCCAGGAGGAAGAGGAGCCCGAGCGAGACGUCGGCCAAUGUGCAGGGCAGAGCGGAGGAGAAGGGCGGCGCCCGGGGCAAGGAGAAAGCGCAGAAGCAGCCGAAGGAACCCGGCAUCCCCGAGGGCAAAUCCAGCCUCUGCGGGGAGCCCCAGUCACCCUCCAAGCCCAAGCAGAGGAGCAAAGCCGGUUCGGAGCCGAUGGAGACCAUCAACGGGGCGGUGCAGAACGCCUUCCGAAAGAUGGGCGCCUUCCAGCCGGAGAGGCGGGCCGGGGACACCAGGGAUGCUCCUUGUAGCCCCGGCACCAGCAAACCCCGCUCCGAGCCGCUGCAUCCUCAGCUGGCCUCCGAGCUGGCCGCCCAACUGAAGGAAAAGACUCAGAGCCUCAACAAGGGGGACGGAGGCAUCCGGGCGAACGGGGUCGGUGCCCAGCGGGAGAAGCCCACCCCUCCACAGAAAGCCAAGCGCUCGGCGGCCGCCGGCGGCCAGAAGACCAGCAAACCCUUGCUGCCCACCUCUCCCCAUCUGCAAAAACUGAUCCCUGCGGCGGCCGAGACGGCAGCCGGGGAGCCCAAGUGGGUGGAGAAGCCAGGUGCCGGCAGCGGCCAGGAUCAGGCUCUCCCUACUGACCAGACAGCCAAGAAAACCCCCAUUAAGAAACCUCCCAGGAAGAAGAGCCGGGAAGCGAGCCUGGAGCCGCCCAGGGCAGCUGCUGUGCCUGCCCAGGCAGUGCAGUGACCAGGAACCGGUCAUCGGCCCCGCACCGGCCGCACACCGGGAAGGACUUUUGCCAGCACAGCCAGCGAACGUGGGAGCCUGAAGUGGGCUGGGGGCACUGGAAGAGCCUUGAUCCUCCCUUUAUCCCCCUCCACCUCACUCAUGGCCCUUUAUGCCUUAGUCUUCCCUGCCCUAGGACCCGGUCCCUUCAGCUGUGCCCUGCUCCUGCUCUCUGCCCGGGUCUCAGCUCUCCCUCCCUCUCCGCGCAGGGCGGGACCGCAAGGAGCGGGCCCGGCCGCCACCCUGAGGGGCUCCGUGUGUGGCGUAUCCCCCCCACCCACUUUUUUUGUAGCAGUAUUAUCGACCACAUAAGCAGCGCUUGUACUAGACAUGCCCACGGUAUAUUCUGCAGUAACCGAGCCGCUCGCUUCCCACGCUCCGCUCCGGUCUGUCGGAGUCGCGGAGCACGGGAGAGGGAGAGAGCUGCUGCUCAGUGUCCAGGGCAGUGCCAGAGAUGUGCCCCACAUCUAUCGCUGGCAGCAGCUCCCCUGCCCCGGCGCCCUCCAGGCACAGCUCUCCACUGCCGGUGGAUGCCGGAGUGGGGUCGAGCUGGUUUCGACCGAUGCCACCCUCCCUCCCCUCCGCCGCGGCGCUGCUCCUGGCCAGGAGGAAGCACUAUUUACGGAUGGAGCUGGACGCCCUUCGGGCUUCUGCAUCCCAUCCAGUGGAGCUGGAGGGAUUACUUUGGUAUGAGAGAGCCUGGCACCUCUGCAGAGCGCUUUCCUAAUAAAAAUGUAUUUCUUCCAUA